CAGCGUAGGUCGCUUUUUUUCCGCGGCCUCCUCCAUGCCAUGCACAUCUUCAUCGGCCCCUGGAGGCGCAUGAUGCUCCGCCAUAUACGGCCGACAUCUCUGCGCUCAUUCUUAAUAUGAACGCCUGGCUGUCUGAUAUCUUGCCCUUCCCCAGCGCUCCUCGAAAUUCUGCAUCGUGUGGCUCCGGGCCUUUCAUCAGAGGGGCGUGGCCGCAGGCACGGUGAUCCGAAUUGGCUCCACUGAAAUACAGGCCCGGAGACACAGCAGAUGAAUCACUAUUAGACAUAGACACUGUCUGCAGCCAAUGCGAAUGCCCAGCCAUAGACUUUUCCCUUUCUGCAUCCGCAGGCAUUCCUUAUCCGGCAAGAAUUAAAAUCACCCAUGAGCCAGGAAAAAGUCGUGGCGGAAAUCGCUCGAGAGCUGGGCCUCAACUUUACAGACAGCGUCAUCGACACGAUGAUCAAGCUGCUAGAUGCCGGCAUGGCUCCGGACAAUCUGGUUCGGCUAAUCCAGGAUGCACGAGCAGAGCUCCACCAGUUCUAGCCGGAGCCCAUGAAUGCACAAACACUUGCAUGGCGGCCAAGCUAAUAAGUACGGGGAGAUGCGCCUGGAGGGUACCAGGAAUGGCGCGCGAGCCUGUUUGGCCCAUCUGCGGCGGUGUUUAUGGCAGCCUGACGUUCUGAAUGGCGGCAGAGCCUCUGGCCCGGCGCAGCGCCUGCCUCAGUCUCCAGGGGACCGCUCCCAGCAUCCCCGCCAAUGCUGACAUUGAUGCAGUGCAAAUUUGUAAAAACUUUUUAAAAUUUUUGCCCCGUAUGGUCAAGGCUGUUAAUGGAAUACUCUUUCCAGAGAACUUCGGGAAGCUCUUCAUAGCCUCCAAGGCCCAGUGGGUGGGAUCAAGUGCACGAACAGGAUGGACAAGUACAUUUUCGGCAAGCGGCAGGACAAGGUCAACAUCUUUAACAUCGAAAAGACGUGGGAGAAGAUGGUCCUCGCCGCCAUGGCAUGCGCAGCCAUCAAGCACCCGGGUUCGAUCGUCGUGGUCAGCGGCAAGACCUUUGGCCGCAAGCCGGUCCUCAAGUUUGCAGAGGCGACAGGGAGCAGGCCAUGCACGGGGCGCUUUGUCCCCGGGCUGUUCACGAACACGAAUGUCAGGGGCAGCAUAGGAGCCCCGCUUCUGAUAGUCUCAGACCCUGUUACUGACCAGCAGGCAAUUAUAGAGGGCCUCUCGUGUAAAAUGCCCGUGAUUGCAUUCUGCAACACCGACGCCGACUUAUCCUUUGUCGACAUUGCCAUCCCAAUGAACAACCGCUCCCCGAAUGCCAUCGGAGUUGCGUUCUUCAUACUCAGCCGGCUCAUCGGGGUACAUUAAAAAAUGGGGCAGAGCUGGGAUGCGAACAUCAAGGAGGUCGAGCUGUUCUUCUUCAGAGAUGCCGCGGAGCUCGAGAGCCUGUACAUGGAGCAGAAUGCCGAUAAGGCGGCCGCCUAUGGCGCUGGCUACGAGAGCCAGGAUGAGGAGGAGAGCGACUAUGGGCAGGCGCAGAGCGACGUCCAUCUCGGUGAUUCUGAUGACAGCAAUUAAUUAAAUCGUUUAGUUUAC